CUGGUUUACGGUUACAAUAACACGUACCUAAUUAAUCGAGCCCAACGGAAUCGUCUUCUUCGUCUUCGGUUAUCACGUAAUGUCAAACAAAUUUUGUCGCCGAUUUAUUAUCACUUAACUAUUUCUUAUAUAAGGACGUGAAAAGCAUGUUGCGAUGGCAUUACGAUUAAAUCCAGUUAUCCGGCUAAGUCUUGGAAUGAAGUGGUCGGCUCUAGUUGUCUACCUGAUCGCGUGUUCCUUGGAACUUAAGGUAGGUAACCUACAUGAACAACAUACAGAACUGGCAUAGGUACAUAAAUUAUAAAAUCUACGGGUAAUCAAACGGAAAAUCGAAUAAUUACUUCAAACUUCUUUUGCGAUUGAGUAUUUUAAAUUCUGACUGAAGCGAGUAAUAGGUAUAUCGGUUUUACCUCGACUUGUAAUACUUUAUAAUCAUAAGCGCUUUUCAUUAUCAAUGGUUUAUCGUCGCGUACAAAUAUAAAUUAAAUUACUUUAUAUAUCUUUUCUUUUAAUAACUUUCUUACAAAAACAGUGGCCCGCCCAUCAGCAGUAUUAACCCGCUUUUGUAUGUACACUUUUUACUAUAACUGAAAAUUGCAAUUCAUAUUAUGAUAAAUACCUAUAUUAAAACACGUUAUAAUUUAAAUAAAAAAAUAAUAAAAAAUUGUUGUUUAAAAACGUAUCGUUUUUUCCUCAAUUAGGGUUCCAAUGGAAUUCUCGCGGGUCCUCAUGCCGCACUAGCUGACUCUGAUGACGCGGCGCAGCACGAAACGUUGCCGAUCGUCUCCUUGCUCAAUACUCUGUGUUCGUCUUCCACGCUGAAAUCUUUACCUGCUCCGGCCCUAGUGUCCAUUGCGAACACAUUGUCGGCCACGCCACAGCUCUUCAAAGCUCUACCCCCGUCUACGCUCACCGAUCUUCUGAGCGCCGUUUCUUCGUCACCUGCAACGCUCAAAGAAUUACCCCCCAUUUCCAUCCUCGUAUUGCUCGCCGCGGUAUCGGCCGCGGCUCCCUCGGCGAUCACCUCUAUACCUCCCACCGUGAUAUUUCCGCUCCUGAAAACUUUGUCCGGAUCCGGUCUCUUGCCACCACCCGGAUCUUCACCAAACACGGUUUUCACCCAACUGCCUCCCCUGCCUUCGCCAUCGGCACAAGUCAUCGUUCCGGGUCCGGCUCCGGGUCCCAUGUUUAUAAAUUUGCCAAAAGCCUCACGCAGACCGCCGCCAAUUUUCAUGCCGUCUGGACCGCCUCCGUCCAUCGUCAUAUCCAUCCCUCAGCCGUGUCCGGUCCCGCCGUUGGUCGCGCCGGGCUCCACGCCUGGUCCCAUAGUGAUCAGCGAAGACAACACGGCUGGUUCACCAGCUCCAAUAAUUGUGCCGCCCCCUAAAGCCCCAAAUAUAUACUUCACCACACACCCGUCAAAAUCGUACGACUGUACUUCGACAAACGAUAGAAAAUGUCCACAAAACUGUUAUCAACCGCCAUUUGAAAUGCCCAGAGUAUACGCCUUGCCACCAGGUGUUUUGCCCACACCGCAAUAUUUUCAGUUAUCUAAAAAAAGCACUUGAAAAACCCGCCUUUUGUUAUAAUGUUUCAUGAAUAUAUCCUAUUGUAAAUUGAAACGAGAGAAUAAAUUUAGAUGCGAU